AUGCUUCAAGAGGAUGCAUGCUCUGCAUGCAUCGGUUUCUUCGAGCUGAGAGCAGCAGCCAUUCAGUUUUGCGCCUUUUCAAUUGCUGGCUGGGACUUCAAGAUUCCCGCUGCGGGGCAUUCGGAAGACUCUUCCAUUCUGGAGUGGCGACUCUUCGUGAAUUCUGGCGCUGUGCGAGAUAUCAGCAUAAGCGCCCCAACGCCUUAUGCCGCCGUGCUCGCAGCAGCGGUUUCGCCCGGGGCAGAAAGGCUGCCUUCGGCUCUGCUCCGCAGAGAGUUCGCAACCAUCGGCCUCAGUGGUGCGAUGGUAAAGUACACGGAGGCUGCGACAGAAGUGCUUUUCCCUGGCAUCGGUGUUCUCGAUGACGACAAGAAGAUUGAGGUCCGCCGCUACCGGAUCUUCAGCCGAUUUUGCCAGAAUGCCGGGAUGCUGAAGCUGGAGGACCUGGAAGCUGCCUCGGCAGAUUCGAGCGAGAUUCAUCUCCAGGCUGUGGCGCUGCGUCGUGGGCCCUCUCUGCCGGACCUGGCCGUACCUUUCGUCGUCCCGGGACACCUCUUCGUUGAGGCCAUCUACACCGUCCAAGCGCUCGGGUCAUGGAACAUCGCCGCCUUUGCAGCGCGCCUGGGCGGCCGGCGCCUUCGCCUCAUCCCGGAGGUCGGAACAACAGAUACGAGGCUGAUCUACGAGGAGUCUUCGUGGCGCCAACGGCUUCUUCGUGAUGGGUCCAACAACACCCUCCGCCGCUGCGGAGCAGCUUUUCUCCUAGGCCGGCCCACGCUGUCCGUUUGGCGGCGCCUGUAUCCCGGAGAGGUCUUAAUUGGGCCGUGCGCCGACCGAGAGGCUGCGGAGCAGGUUGCCCUCGAGGUAGGCAGCACCCUGGGCUUCGUCACCUUUCCGCAGGGCUGCUACUUUCUUCUCGAGAAGGCUCGGGAUCGACUCUCGCUGCAGACCUUCCCGGCAAAGAAGCGGGAGAACACCAGAGAGGCCGGUGUGGUUUUGCCGAGGUUGAAGGCUCUGGGCCCUUCGCCCUUGGGCAUCCGGCUGGGAAACGCCUUGUUUCUGAUGGCUGCUGCGCUGGCUAUGGCUGCAGACUUUGGUUUCAGCUUCCGAAUGGAAACCAGUAUGCAUUGGUUUCCCUAUGCAGAGGCGGGUGGGAUCUUCUCGCUGCUGCCCUGCGUACAUUGGUAUACGCCUGCUCGAGACCAUCCCAUGAUCGGCAGCCCUAGCCACGGGGGUUUCGAGGAGCCUCGACUGCCGGCGGGCGCGAAGGCCGUGAUUCUGCAUGGAUACUUCCAGAACUUGAAGUACUUCUGGCACCACAAGCAGCUUGUGAGGAGCUACCUCCUGCCGGCGAGUCUGGCGGAGCGAGCCCGCGCCAUCUUCCGGAGAUGGUGGUCGGCACAACUUGUCAACCAGGAAGCCACCACUCUGGCGAUCCAUGUGCGCUUGGGCGAUCGAGGCGAUGGGCUGGGCGUAACGUACUUCCGCGAGUCUGUGCGCGUCGCAACAGCAAAGAUCGCUCGCCUGCAGAGCCGAGCUGCCGACGGGAAUACCCACUGUAUCCUCUUCUCCGACGAGCCGGAGCGACUUCGCUCUGGCAGAGCCGCGCAGAUCUGCCCCAAGCACAGCAUCUUCGAGGAGCCGAUGCGGGACGAUCUGGCUCUUGCCGUCUUGGCUGUGUGCUGUUCGGGGAUCGUCAUCAGCUUUUCUACAUUCAGCUGGUGGGCUGCGGUGCUUGGUGGUUACCAGGUGGUAGUGGCACCUGCGACAGCGGAACAAAGCUGUUCGCCCGCGCCCCUGGCCGAGAACAACACAUUGGCCUACGUUCCUGGCUGGCUCCGCGCAGACGUUCCGUGCGAUGCGGAGAGGCUUGGUGCAAAACGGGCGCGUCCGUCGAGUCUGGGUAUCAGUCGAGAAGGCUCUCUUUGCAGUUCUGCCCCCAAUCUGGGCCUUGGCGUGUUUGAGAAGCAGAGAGACGGCAGCAUCACAAAUGUGCGCGACACAUCUGCUUUGAAAUGGGCUUCUGUGGCCUUGUUCGCCUCGGCCUGGCGCUCCGGCAGGCGACCCGCAAUACAGCCAAGAAGAGCUGUGGUCGAGGAGGUGGCAUUGGAUUUUCUCCCCGGCACGGACCUUCCAUCCACUGCCCCGGCUCCGUUGGACAACGAAGGUGCUGCAGACAGGGUUCGACGCAUGGUUGCUGCCGACCCAAGGAACAAGGAAUUGGAGACAGAGAGGCAGGAGCCGCCCUUUUCUGACGAGGACUUGCGCGAGGCCUGGCACGAACUCCAGCUCGGUCAUGCAGACGAGGCCCGAUCGCGCUUCGUGAGGGCUGUACUGGCAGAUCCAAGCGACGCAGAAGCUUUGUUCUGCAUGGGCUUGCUAUAUGAAGCCUUACACGACUUGCGCCGAACCGUGGAGUGGAUGGACAUGGCGAUAGAAGUGUGCCCUGACCACGUCUUUGCGUGGGAGACGCGAUCACGGUGCAUGGAGCAUCUGGGUCGUCUUGCGGAGUCCCUGGCGGGAUAUGAGCAACUGGAGAUGUUGGACGAAAGCGCCACAGGACGCCGGGAAGGCUUGCUCGGGCAUCAGCGUGUGUACAUCCUUCCUGUGGGAGCCUGGAAGGAUGGGGCGGCAGGAUACAUCCAAAAAGCGGCAAAGCAGACACCGCCUCGACCGCAGUGGCAGGAGAACUUCCUCUUUCCGGAGCCCCAGCCAGAUCUCCGGCAGCCUGCGCUGGAAUCCGGGAUAAUGGCCUGGGAUAACGUCUUGAGCAAGGAUUUGCUGCAAAGGCUCCAAGAUUGCGUGGAGGACCAUUUCCAGUUCAUCUUCACGAACCGGUGGGUGUAUGCGGCCGACGACGCGUUUGAGGGCGCAGCUUCGACCAUGUGGCUUCCGAGUUCUGGAGAUGCCAGAAGCGUGCCAGAAGUGGCUGCACUGACAAUACUCCGACACAUUCUGAAUCAGGACCCGGCUGAAAUUGCCGGUGUCGAGUAUUGGGCUCGGGUUCGAUCUGUGAACCUCGGUGCAGGCUUUCACUAUGAUGAGGCCGUGGAUGCAGACGACAUCAAUUCAGAGUGGGUUCACGGGAACCCAUGGCGACCUCAGUGGUCAAGUGUGUUCUACCUCAGCGAUGAAGGAGGUCCUACUGUGGUGUUGGACCAGCUCCAUGAUCAUGACGGACGGCUGGCGCCCACCUUGCCCCGGAAGGGCUACCUCUGCAUGCCCCGUACAAACCGCUUGGUUUUGUUUCGCGCAGAUCUUCAUCAUGGUAGCCUCCCCCUGGAUAUUUGGCUGGAUAGCGAGCAGACAAGGAGGGUCUUUGUCUUCAACUUUUGGCGUCGGCAUGCGCCCGAGCCACCCCACUGCCAGCGGCUGAAUUUUCAGCAGCACCCCGCCAUGCGGCGGCAUGUCCUCACGUCAGACGAGGCUGCGGCUCUCCAGGCUGUCGAGAGUAGUCGCUUCGAAGAUGGCCGUGAUGGUCCCAGCCCGGUGCGACAGAAGGUCCUUUCCCGACCCGAGGAGCUGCCCCACAGCUCGGACUUCGGAUAUCUUCCACGGCCUCUGCCCAUGCCCACCAUAGCGGCGCUCACGGAGGAGAGGCUCUUCUACGAAGUGGACUGGCCGGUUUCUGACUCUAACAGCAGGUUAUAUCAGAUUGACUGGCUCAUUGAUUGCCUCCCUCCUGAUUUGGGCGACGUGGCUCGUUUGGGCUCUGCAAGCUGCCAAUUGCUCGGGUGCGCAGCGACAAGCCGCGUGGUGCCCCUGCAGCCGUGGAUGGAGGCCGACUUGGCGAGACUCUGGGGCGGUGAGGCAGAGCUCAUCUCUGACUCGAGGCUAGCAGAAGCUGCACUUGCUCGUGCCGCGGGACAGGUGGUCCCUAACUUCACUGCGGAAGUUGCUACCACCUUCAAUGAUAGCGCACCCUCCGCACCACCAGUACCUUCGCGGGGGCCGUUGCCAGAGAGGCGUGUCCGGCAAGAGCACAGCUUGGGCCCGGAGGUGCGUGGAGACUGGCAGGUGCUGGACUCUGCCAGUGCUCCGCAGAAGACAGUGGCCACUGUGAGCAUGAUCGACUGCUUGUGGGAGAAGGUCACCAAGGUCAGUGAUGACGUGGACUCCCUGCAGGAGCAGGUCCAGGGCCACAGUACGGAGAUCAAUGCCUGGAUCCCCAACCAUGAGGUCGCCAGGCGAUCAGAGCUAGAGGAGCUGUCCAAGGUCUGUGCAUCGCUGCGUUCAGACUGUGCCACGAGGCGGCAGCUGGAGGAUCAGGCCACCGAGCUCCAAGGUGCCUGGCGCACGCCUAUGGCUAGUCUCUCAGAGCGCCUGGGAGCCCUGGAGGCCGCGGUGAAGGAGAUUCCGACGCGGUUGAGCCGUGAGUCAGAUGCUGCCAAGUAUGCCUUGGAUGGUUUGGAGCAGAGGUUAGAACAGCGCAUCCAGACGGUGGUGUCCGAUCGCAUCAGAACCGCAGCCAGCGAGGCGGAGGUUCUGCGCGAUGCGGCGCUGGAGCGGCUCAGGGCUGCUCUACGUCAGCAGCUUCAGGAGGAGGCAGAGCGCCAGGAGCAGAACGCCAGUCAGCUCAAGCAGCGCUUCACUGACCGUCUCGAUGACGUCGCUGCAGGACUCCGCCGACUUGAGGUUUCCCUCCAGUCGGAGACGGCAGAUCGUUUGGACUCUGCUCAGAAGGAGCUGAGUCACCUGGCAGCCGAGCAGAUGCGGCUCGCCCGGGCCGUGGAUGAGAACCGGAAGCUGGUUGAUGCCUGCUCCGAGGACAACCGACGAUCCCUCGAGAGCGAGAGCCGCCGCGUGACAGAGGUCGAGGCUCGCAGCUUGAGCAGCAGCUCGGAAAUCCAGCGCUUGGGCCAGAGGCUGGAGUUGCAGAGCCAGGAGUUCCUGAGCAGGUCCAAGGAGAUCUCCCAGCACGUCGACGAGCAGAUGCAGCAGGCCACACAGCGCCUGCAGGACUUCGGCCAAGAGUUGAAGCAGCAGGCUUGCGACGCUGCCUCGAGCACAAAGACGGAGCUGCUGGCUCGGCUAAAGGACGUCCAGGAGGGUGAGGACGGGCAACGUCGCAGCCUGGAAGAGCGGUCCAACGCGCUGCUGGACCGAGGCCUUCAGAAGUUGGCGCAGGAAGUGGCCGAGCGCAUGGAUGAGGGACAGGAAAGUCAGCGACUUGCCUCUGCCGCCACGGAGGGACGCCUGCUGGGGCAGCUUGAGAGCUACAACGGCCGCCUGCUGGCCGCUGAGAGCUGGCGAAGCGCCUUCCAGGAGCGAGAGGCUGCACGUGAACAGCGCCUGAGCUCGCUGGGUGAGGCAAUGCGCAAGAUGGAGGCUGUUUGCAAGGAUGUUCCAGCACUGGAGUCCCGCAUUGACGAGGCUCGUGCUGCCAUCAAGGAGGACUUGGCAGCCAGUGCCAUGAACGCCUUCCAAGGCGAGAUGCGCCUCUGGGCAAAGAUGGCUCAACUGGGAGUUGCUUCUGCCUGCCCUGUGCUGCCGAGCCAGGCUCCCAGCGCCUGA